AUGCGUCGAGACCGAGAACAAGAGAAGAAGGACGCCCUGUUCAAUGAACCAUCCGACAUUUUGUACCAUCCUUCAGGCCAAGCAUUUCAUCCAGGUGCAUUUUCCCUCAAUGUGCCCACCAGAAGCACUGCGGACACACGGAGAAGCUCCGGCAGCAAUUCCCCAACCGAGUCGAGUCAGCUUCUCGACGAAAAUAAAAUGCUGCAAGUUUUUGGGGGUCACACGGGGACGGGGAAUGUGGAUCGAAGAAAGGAGUCUGACAUCCACGUCCCACACUUGAGCUGGGGAAGGAGGAAGGCCAAGUUCCAGGUCCCCGUCGUCCUCAUCCACGAGAGGGGGAGGCCCAUGACGAAAUCCUCCAACAAGUUUGUUGUGCGUGACUUGUCGUUGGACGAGGAGGGAGAGGCUGCGUCCCUGGGGGGAGCACAUGAGACGGAGGACAGUCUCUUCAAACACACACCGCAUUCUCAAGGAUGGGAUUAUUUGCAGACAAAGUCUGCCAACAGGAGCAUAUUUCUGCCACCUGAUAACACGAGGGGAAUUGUGGAUUUCAGCAACCUUCGGAAUGACCACCCAAACUACUGGUAUUACUCGGAUGGGAAAACUCUGGUCGUUCUGAAACGGUCUGAUGACAAAGUAGCAACGGAAUCAAUGGCUUCCUUGGUGUUGUCACUUGCUACUUCCUCGUCCAGGCGAAGGAGCAGUACGCUCUCCGCAAGGAGCAAAAGUAGAGCCAGUAAAAGUAAAAAACGCAUUAAAAAAAGUAGAUCCAAAAGCAAAUUCCGAUGAACUGUGCAUAAAUGAAUAAAUAAAUAAA